CUUCUUCCUCUUUCUUUGUUUCGAGAGCCGGCAAUUUUCAGGCACGCAAAAUUUUUCCUCGAAAAAAUGCUGUUUAGAAAGUUUGGUUGCGUAGUCAGACCGAGAUGCAUUUAAAAGUUACUUCUGCAUUAUCGAAAGGCAGCAAAAAUAAAACGCUGCAGUUACCGUUAUCACGGCGCGAAUCGUGCGAUGUUCAUGAUUCAGCUUCAAUAUCCGGUGAUCGUCCGAUCCUACCGGACAUGGUGCACAAUGGGAUACGUCAGCUCGCAUUACCAUUUUCAGUCAGUAUCGCGUUUAAAUGAAAGUGUGAUCAUCCGGUUUUUUCUCGCGGCAAAAUCGGUCGAAACCGGACGACAGUACUUCAACUUUACGCUAGCAUCACGAAUAUUUUUAAUCGACUCUUUGACAUCGCACUUAAUAUGAAAUAUAAUAAUUUGUCCCUUAAUUUUAUUUUUACUGAUGAAUACUAUCUUUGUUGUUGUUUCGAAAUAAACUUCGGACAGUCGUACUCGACAGAUGUGAGCUGCGUAUCUAUGCAAAGUAUCUCUGUCGCAAAUAACGUUAUCGCGCUGGCGAGCGGAAGUUCGAGUUUCAGAAUCAUGACCUCGUGUAUACUCAUUUAUAUAUCGUCAUCGCUUCUCUAUGAAUACUUUAUAUUCGUCUUUAUAUUCGUCUAGCGACGAAAUAGAAACCGUUUUUCAAUGGACGUUUCAUUUUUAUUGCGACCGCGAAACUUGCAAUUAUAAUUGCGUGACGGUCGAUACCGCAUAUGUCAUGUCACACAUCUUCACCUGUGUAUCGUUAAACUUUUACAAUUAAUUCUAAUUAAUAGAAAGGAAAGCGUGAGAGAUGUAUCUCCGUAUUUAUUGUGAAGGAAAUGCUGGCGUUAGCGUAUCGCUGAUGAUUAAUUGAUGAUACGUCAUUAUGUACAUUCGGUGUUUAUGCACUGGCGCGGCUUCUUGUAAGUACAUUGGACUGUUAUGUAACAGUAUCAACAGUUUCCGAGUUUAUAAGUGCACGAAAGGUCGGCGGCAGGAUCGAGUUUUUCAAUACCAACGAUUAUUUCGGACGAUUGAUAAAGUGGGCUGCAGACUGCGAGACUGCCUGCUUUAGAUGUAACUUUUUGCACUUUCUCUAUUUUAAGUGAAACAAGUAUGCGGUCAGAUUUUCUUUCGCGGGAAAAACGAAACUAAAACGUAAAUCUGAGAUUUACUUUUAAUGCACUUUUAAUGCGCAAUUUUUAUUUGACGAUUUAUCCAUUAUAGAAGAUAUUUCCUUAAGUCACUUUCCUAUAUUGUCGCAUCUAAUUGUGACGAUUCUCUGUGUAUAGAAUUUGCGGAUAUUUUGUGCGUGGUUUACAAAUUGAUCACGCGAUACGUAAGUUUAUGUGCAAAUUGAAUAUCAUUUAUGUAGAUAUGAUAUUGCCAUUUUUUUUCCGCGCAUACGUUACUAAUCUGUUUUAAUCUGAUUACGGGGCAUGGUUCAAGAACUCGGACGAAAGAGUUGUAAUAAAAAGUUACUCUUCAUUUUGUAAACAAUCCUUGUAGAAAAUAACACUUGAUAUGAUUAAAGUUCGCACGCACUUAACAAGAUAACGUCGCUUGUUAUAAUGUUAGUUUAAAGUAGUCAGGCAUUUCUCAAUGAGAUAUUACAGAACUACUUUGCAAAUAAUUUAAUUAUUUAAAUUAAUUAAUAAGAAAAUAGCAACUGAUUCUGCAACGAUAAAAAUAGAAUUCCUCAAUUUUCUACUGAACUCCAAUUAUUCCUACUAUCUUUGUAAAUAUUUUCUUUAUCUAUCGAUAUAUUUGGAUUGUUGAUUGUGAUAUUUUGUCUAUCAACCUGGCUAAUGACUGCUCGAGUCACGAAAUAUUUUUUUAAUAACAAGGCGCGGAUUAAUGCUGUCAUUAACACAGCAUGGAGUGUCACUCCGGCCAGUCACUAGACAAUUAAUGUACUGUCAGCGACGCGUGCAUCGAUAUCGACACGUGCAUAAUUCAUACCCCCGCGCGACGCGACGGACUCGGCACUACUGCGAAUGCCGCGGAGAUUCGCGGGUCGCUCCAUUCAAGCAGUCAAUCGGUCCGCAACAAGGGUACUCGCGCAUGCAAUCAACAUUUGGACGCAGCGAUGAAAUGGAGGCUCACCGUGUCAACCGAUUGAUGACCGACGCACCGAUGAUCGACGAGCGUGGAAUACCCAGCGUCAUGUGGAGCUGCUUGAGUAAAGAGAUGCUGCUCGACUUUUACUUCAACGUCGACCGGAUAUUCUAUCGAAUCGGAUAUAGUAUAGCCACCAAACCAUGGGUUUGGCUGAUGAUAUCCGUGUGCCUAAAUUUUGUCUGUGGUUUCGGAUUAUUGUUCUGGAGGGAGGAGACCGACGAUGUCGAACUUUUCUUGCCAGACGGUUCUACAAUUCGCAAGGAUGCCGCCUGGGUGAAGGAGCACUUUCGAGACGAUCUCAGAUACGAAAGUAUCCUCAUCACUGCCCCUAAUGUGCUGGAUCCUAAAGUGCUGCGAUCGAUAAGAGACAUCGAAAACGAUGUGAAGAGUAUAGUGGUAAAUAAUAAUUCCUGGAAAGAUGUGUGUGCUAGACAUUUCACAUGGUUUCAAGAAAAUGACGAUUGGGAAACGAUGAAUAAAACCGAGUUUCCUGAGGAGUAUCUACCAAUUAUAGAUAAUAUGAUGACGAAGGAACCUUGUGUCCAAAAGUCGCUUCUAAAAUUAUGGCAGAAAAACGGUGGAAAGGAUAUUGAUAGCUUGACGAAAUUAGAGAUACUGAAAGACGUUACAGCAAUUAUGCAAAAUACGAAAACCAAAGAUAUAUUUUCUGACAUCACAUCGUUGCUGGCGGGCGUCGAGUACGAUGAAAAUGGAUUGGUGAGAAGUGCGAACGCGACUAUUUUGUUCUGGAUGCUGAAGAAGUCCAAUCCGCACUCGCCGGAAUGGGAAGUGGAAUUCAUCAAUAGGGUACUACGUUCGAAUCGCACCUUUUCACCGGGUAUGGAGAUCUACGCGGUAACGUUACGCAGUUACGACGAUGUGUUGCACGAGAUAGUCAACAGCAACAUGAUCAUGUUGUUCUGCGGCAUGUCGCUGAUCUCGAUCUACGUGAUCGUGAUGAUCGGUCGUUGUAACGUAAUGCAACAGCGGGUAUAUCUGUCCCUGAUGGGGAUCUGCGUGGUCGGCCAGGCCCUUCUGUCGUCCUACGGGCUAUGCUUCUACAUGGGAUUUAUGUACGGGCCGGUGCAUCCGAUCCUACCGUUCCUGCUACUCGGCAUCGGUGUCGACGACAUGUUCGUCAUCAUGCAGAGCCUCGAGACCAUGUCUGAGGCGGACAAGGCUCUAGACAUUCCUGCCCGCAUCGCGAAGUCCAUUCAAGUGUCAGGUAUGUCUAUCACUGCGACAUCAUUCACUAACAUCGUGGUCUUCGCCAUCGGCAUGACGACAGUGAUGCCGUUCCUGAAGUCUUUUUGUAUGUUUGCCACGAUGGGUAUAUUGUUCCUCUAUAUCUACGAGAUCAUGUUCUUCGUCAGUUGUCUGGUGUUCGACGAGAGGCGACUGGCAGCGAAGAGGGACGGUUGCUGCUGCCGGCCGCGUCCUAAUUGGCGACCGAACCAGUGCAGCAAGCAGAACUUCCAGCGAUUCGCCUUUGAAAAGUAUAUCGGACCUUUCAUUUUGAGGACGUAUAUGAAAAGUAUCAUUCUGCUGAUUACCGCCGCCCUGCUGUGCAUUAACACUUGGGCGAUAUUUCAUCUACAACAGAACUUUGAUGUGUUCGUAUACUUGAAUCAAGAUUCUUACCCAGUACAGUUUAACAACAAAUUGGUGGAAUAUUUUCCAAGAUACGGCAAAAGCGUGAAUAUAUAUCUGACGGGCGUCGAUUAUUAUGAGGAUCGCGAAGCGCUGUUUCAACUAGUGGACAAUGUCAAACGGGACCCGUACGUCAGUAAUUACACUCUCGACCCAUGGUUCGUGGCGUAUGAGAAGUGGUUGAACAUGACUGGCAAAGCGCAAUACAUCGAGGAUAAAGAGGAGUAUUACAAUACUCUCACGGAAUAUCUACUUUUCACGGGGAAAGGCCAAGCGUACAUUCAGGAUAUGAAGUUCAGUAAAUUACCGUUUAACGACUACUAUAUCACAACUUCGCAGAUUCCAGUGCAACACAUUUCUAUAGGCACAUCGUCCGACCAGAUAAAGGCUUUGCAGGCAAUCAGAGAUGCCGCGAAGUCGGUGAACUUCACUCACGGACACGUUGCAAUUUACUCGGUAGAUUAUUUAAGAUGGGUGACAAAUAAGAUAAUUAGCGAGGAAUUAACUAGGAACUUGUGUCUGGAAAUACUGAUGGUAGGAAUGGUGGCAUCGGUACUACUUAGGAAUUUAAUUGCGUCGUUCUGGGUGAUGUGCUGCGUAUUGUUCACACUCGUCGACCUUCUGGGCUCAAUGUACUUUUUAGGAUUGACUGUAGAACUUACAUCAAGCAUUAUAAUCAUGUUGUGCGCUGGAUUGUCGGUCGAUUACGCCGCGCACAUCGGAUUGGAAUUUAUACGCUCGAGCGGCAGUAAACAAGAACGAGCUCUGACAUCACUUAGUGUUAUUGGACCAGCAGUAUUGAAUGGUGGUUUGAGCACGUUUCUUGCCUUUGUCUUUCUAGGUUUUAGCCAGGCUUUCAUUUUUAUGACAUUCUUUAGGCUAUUUACAUCCGUAGUACUGUUUGGUUUGUUUCACGGAUUGCUGUUUCUACCAGUGAUAUUAAGCUUAGCGGGACCUGGCGAGAGAAAAUCAGAAAACAAGCAAAAAAAUCAGAAUAUGGAAUAUCAGAACGACUAUUAUAGUGUUCAUCUUUCUCAAAAUGGAAAAGAUAUAGAAGACACGCUCGCUAAAUGACAUUUUAGGAACAUUUUGAAGGUCUGUUUAGAUGAAAAUAUUUUUGUAGACAAUUCUAGAACUCAAAUUUGUAUGAUUGUGAAACAAAUGCACUCCUCUUGUAUUGUGCUUGUGAAGUAUGCAACUUUCUCUCUUAUCCC